UUCUUCCCCCGCUCUGUCUAAAGAUCCCCAAAUCCCAUUCUUAAAGGAAAAAAAAAGGGGGGAAAAGAUCUCAAUCACCUCCUCUCAAAAAUCCCACCUUUCCCCCCUUUUUCCAUUCAAUCCGAGAUCGAAUGGACAUCUCCAGCAUCGCAUCCAAGCUCGGACUUAGCUCCAACAAACCCUUGAUUCGCAAGGCUGAGGAGCUCCGUCGAUUAUCCGACGUCCACUUUGAUUCCUCAAUCAUCGGCGUUGGGGAGGUCUGCAAGGCCAUCAUCUGUCUUGAAAUCGCAGCUACAAGAAUGCAGGUAAUUUUAGAUCGGCAGAGCGCGAUUCGGAUGAGUGGGAUGUCCGAAAAGGCUUAUGUGAGAUCGUUCAACGCGAUGCAGAAUGGAAUUGGGGUCAAGGCGAGCUUGGAUGUUAGGGAGCUAGCGAUUCAGUUUGGCUGCGUUAGGCUCGUCUCUUUUGUGCAGAAGGGAUUGUCAAUAUACAAGGAUCGAUUUCUAGCUGCCUUGCCAGCUUCUCGUAGGGCAAACACUGAUUUCAAUCGACCUGUAUUCACUGCAGUUGCAUUCUAUUUGUGUGCUAAGAGACAUAAGCUUAAAGUAGACAAGCUAAAGUUGAUUGAGCUCUGUGGCACUUCUGAGUCUGAAUUUGCCACUGUCUCCACUUCUAUGAAUGAUUUGUGCUUUGAUGUUUUUGGGAUUUCAAAAGAAAAGAAAGAUUCAAGGGCUGUUAAAGGUCACAGAGAGCUGUUGGAUGCGUUGCCUGGCAAAAGGAGACGUGGGGAUGAAGAGAAUGAUGUGUCUGAAGAUUCCAUAGACGACGAAGAUGGACUUGAGCUUCCGAGCUACAAGAGGAAAAAGCAAAUGGAGAAAAAGGCUUAUGAGGAGUGGAAGUCCACUGUCACUUCCUCUAAUAAGCAAACUCCUGCCAAGAGAAGCAAGCAAGUUAAGCUGAACUUUGACAAGAAAAACCCCUCAACAAUAUCAACGCAAGCUUGAAAAGACUUCUCUAGGAUGAAUGGAUGAAGCUAUCAAUUUAAUUGCACGGCUGGAGAUACUUUUACCAUUUUUGGUCAUUGAAAAGAUCUCUAAUUAUAUGUUGAAGAGAACCUCCUUCGGUUGUUUGUCGAAUAUGAUACUUUGAAGACACUGUUCUUCUCAAGGGCUUGCGGUGAACUAUUUUCAAAAGUGAAGCCUGUUAAACCUGUUUGAAGGGAAACUACUUGAUUUCUAUGCGCAGAUUUUUCUGUUCUUGUGGAUGAAGAGUUUAGCAUUUUUGAGGAACUGUUUCCAAGUGAUAUGAUAAUGAAAAAAAGGUGUAAUUAACAAUUCAAAACUAGUAUUUAUUUUGUAGACGUGCUUGUUUACUACA